GAUUGUUGUGUUUGGAUAAACACCGAAGUUAUGUCGGUCGUUAGCCAGGUUGAUUGCGCCACGCAUGUUUCCGAGAAUUUCGGACAUGCCACUGGUAGCAGCAGCAGCAGCAACAGUAGUAGCGCCAACAAUAACAACAAGAGGAAACAUGACUAUUUUGUUGAUGAACAAUCUAAUCAACAACAACAACAACAAACAAAGAUAAUUCGAUUGGAUAAUGACAAGGAUAGGAUAUCACCACGCAGUCUGGCGACAACAUCCCCAACAACAACAACUACGACAACAAAAAAGGGUGUUGCCAGUUUGUCAACAUUAUGUUAUGACGCAUUGAUCAAACACAUCGACUCAAUCGACUCACUGGACAGCCUGCCAGAUAAGCUGUGUCAAAAGUUGGUGGCACAUCAUCAUCGCGCCAAGACACUGAGCAGCAAGAUGCUCGGACUAUUCAGUCAUUGCCAGGUGACCCGACUCGACCUGCCUGGCAAGGACAUACCAAUGGACGACAGCUGGCUCUCAUUCACACAGGGCGCCAUCAGCAGCACACUCAUCUCGGUCAAUCUCUCCAAGAACAUACACAUCAGCGACCAUGGUCUGGCCGCUCUGUCGUGCCUUCGUCAGCUCACCUCGCUCGACAUCAGUGGCUGCGACUCACUGCGCGGCACAGGACUCAUUCAAAUGAUUGAGCAACACGGUCACACACAUAAUCAUCCCCUGCAGAAGCUCUACCUGCAGGGCUGCAUCAAUCUGGACAUUGCCAGUUGUCUCCAAUCUCUUUCACAUUGCCAACAGUUGGAAUCGUUGGACAUCUCAUCGAUCCGUCUGCAGGACUCGCACUGCGUCCCACUCGGCCGCCUGACCAGCAUCAAGCAGCUGGACAUCAACGACAAUGUCGAUCUGACCAGCGUUGCGCUGCAGCACAUCGGACAGCUCACCAACCUGCUCGACCUCAACAUCAGCGGCUGUCUCAACAUUGCCGGCAGCACAGAUGGCGGUUACCAGUGGCUGCCAAUCACUCUUCAAACACUACAAGCCUCCAACUGUAAUAUAGACGACCGCGCCAUGGAGCACAUUGGCGCACUGAUCGACCUGAGCGCCCUGUCGCUCAUCAACAACCCUUUCACCGACAUUGGCGCUGCGCACCUCAGCAAGCUGGUGUCACUGACGACACUCGACCUCUCAAUGUGCACGCUGCUCACCGAUCGAUCGCUCGAGCACCUCAAGUCACUGAGCCAGAUCUCCAAGCUCAACCUCAACUUCAACUCGAACCUCACCGACACGGGCGUGGCAAUGCUCACCGGUGGACUCUGCGACCUCACGUCCCUGGGAAUCAUUGGCUGCAACAGACUGCUCAUCAAGGUGAAGCACAAGCCAUUGGUGUUGCUCGUGGAGGACAAUGCAUUCCAGGUCACAUUGAUUACCAAGACAAUGGAGCGCUACAACUUUGCCGUGGAAGUGGCAAGCAAUGGACAGAUGGCACUGGAGAUGUACAAGGCCAACCCCAAGUACGAGCUGAUCCUGAUGGACAUUGUGAUGCCAAUUAUGGAUGGACUGACAGCGACCAUGCUCAUCAGGGACUAUGAGCGCGAGCGCGGUCUAAAGCGCACUCCGCUCAUUAUGCAGACUGGCAACACUGAAGAGGGCCAUCGCAAGGUCUGUCUACAGGCGGGUUGCGAUGACUUUAUGUUGAAGCCACUGGACAAGCAAGUAGUGUACCGAGCUAAAGAACUAUUCAAGAAGGACAACCAACAACAAACUCAAUCAUCGUCAUCAUCAUCGUCAUCAUCAACAAUGACAACGACAAGUUGCAAGCGAGUGAUACAUCAUCAGCAACAUCAACAACACAACAUGAUAAUCAAUGGCGGUCGAAGUGGGAAUGGCGCCGUCAUCGAUGGCAAUCAAACGCCACCAGCCUGUCUAAACUACAACGAGAUCUCGGCCACUGCAUCGAUGCCA